AACCAGUGCUUGACUAGAACGGACGCUCGUGGAAAUGAGUGCUAGAAGAAUACUAAUCGUGGGAGCGGGUGCCUCUGGAAUAGCCGCAGCCGCGCGUCUAUAUGAAAAUGGAUUAACAAAUUUUCAAAUUCUGGAAGCAACGGAUCGCAUCGGAGGACGCAUCAAUACAAUCCCCUUUGGUGUGAAUAUGAUCGAUCUGGGAGCUCAGUGGUGUCACGGCGAGAAGAAUAAUGCCGUACAUGAACUUGCUGGCCCUCUGGGGUUGUUGGAAUCAUCGAUCGUUUCGAGUGGUAACGUUCUGGUGAAGAGUACUGGUGAAACCGUUCCAAAUGAAAUCACCGAACGGCUAAUGGCUGUCGCUGAAGGGAUCAUGGAGGCAGAAGAUAUGAGCUCGUACGAUGGCACAUUGGGAGACUACUUUACGGAACGGUUCAUGAAAAUCGUGACUGAUGCAAAGAUGAAAGAUAUCAACCGUGAGCUGAUACAGCAGUUUUUGAGGUUCUACGAAAAUUAUCAACAAGGAUACAUAGCGAUUGAUUCGUGGUACAAUUUAUCUGCUUCGAGUUUGGCUGCGUACGAAGACUGCGAAGGAGAUCAAGCGCUAAGCUGGAUGGGGAAGGGAUACAAAAGUGUUUUGGAUUUGCUAAUGAAAAAGCACCCUGCCCAAUCGAGCGAGCCCAUCCCGAUCGAAGAUAAAACCCUGUUCAACAAAACCGUAUCGAAUAUCAAUUGGGCCAAGGUUCCCGACUCUCCAGUCACUGUUCGUUGCACCGACGGAUCGAGCUAUGACGCAAACCACGUCAUUAUAACCACCUCGGUAGGAGUUUUGAAGGAAAACUUCACUACGCUAUUCAACCCGGAACUUCCUAUGAUCAAACAAAACGCUAUCAGAGGAAUCCAUUUGGGAACUGUCAACAAAAUUAUAAUGGAAUUUGAGAAGCCUUUUUGGACCGACAAGGGCAAUACUUUUGGGCUCCUGUGGGAUGCGGAAGAGUUGGAAAAUAUACAAGUUUCAAACUAUGCGUGGACUGAAGGUGCUUCGGCGUUCUUUAAAAUUGAUCGUCAGCCUAAUUUGUUGGCCGCGUGGAUGAUUGGCAAGGAAGGUCGUCAAACUGAACUGCUGAGUGAUCGAGAGGUGAUAGAGGGCAUGAUGUUUUUGUUGAAAAAAUUCUUCAAAAAUGAGCACAUAGAGGAACCUGUUAAGAUCGUUCGAUCAAAGUGGUCGACGGAUCGUAACUUCCGAGGAUCGUAUUCAAGCCACUCUCUGGCUACGGAUCAAUUGAACACAUCCUCAGAUGAUUUGGCCGUUCCGCUUACAGACUGUUUGGGAAUUCCGGUACUAUUAUUUGCUGGUGAAGCCACAAACCAGAAGCAGUAUGGCACCGUUCAUGGAGCUAUCGGAAGUGGGAACCGUGAGGCUGAUCGUCUCAUUAAAUUAUACAAAAAAUAAAUUGACUUGAAAUAA